GGUAUAAUUUAAAAGUGUUAAGAGUAAGAUAAUAAAGCUAGGAGUUUCAUUAGUGAAUUGCAAAGGGGAAAAAAAAAAAAGAGAAAUGCCAUGUUCAAGAAAACAACCCCUUCUUAAGCUCCUCUACAAUGUCACCGCCACUUUCAAGUUCUUCUUCCUCUUCUUCUAUCUCUUCUCUCUCUUUAUUGCCAAACUCUUCACUUACUUUUUCAGAACCGAAGAAGAGGAAUACGAGGAUGACAUAUCAUACGAAGAUGAAGAUGAAGAUGAAGAAGAAGAAGCAGCAGAAUCGGAAGAAGAAGAAGAAGAAGAGUAUAGGUAUUCACAUAUGGAGGAAGAGGAAGAAGAAGAAGGAGAUCAUCUUGUUGCUGAUAUUGUAAACGACGGCGAGGGGUUGAUUUUUGUUGCCAAUUAUGGUGAUGAUGAUUAUGAACGUAAUAAUGAUCACUCAAUUGUUCAUAGUAACUCGUAUGAGACCUUAUUUCAAGACCCUGUUGAAGAUUUUAAUGAUGAGGCAGAGGCUGGCUGUUUUGAGAACUCCCCUGCUCUUACUAGCUCAUCAGAAUUAUUCGACCGCGGCGGCGACUACACUCAUCACGGCGGCGAUGUUGGUGGUGAUAAUUAUGACGUCAUUAAUGAAGAUUAUGCAUCAAGAUUUGAAUCUAAUCAUCUAUAUGAUCAUUCCUUUGAGUUAGAAGAGGAAGAAAUCCACGACAAAAACGACCAUGAAAAUCCUCAUCAAGAAUGUGAAGCAGUCUAUCAUGACAUGCCUCAAAAUUCUCCAAGCUAUAUUGAGGUAAAGGUGAAAGUCGCUCCAAGUGGUAAUCAUGAUGUUGCAGGAGAAUUUGAUGAAAGCAAAACUGAUGUGGUAAAACAAGACUCGAAUUUCACAAGGGAUGAGAAAUUUCUGAUAUUCGCCCCACCAAAAUCCGAAGCCAAGAAAUUGACAGGUUUAGAAAUGGAGAACGAAGGGAUUUUCGAAGACACGUACACUGUUGGAUCAACUUCAAAGAGUUCAUCUGAAUGGAGGAGUUCAAUAAGGGAUUCAGGUACAGAUGAUCCAUUUUCUUCUUCGUCAAGGAGGAGUUGCCCCAAAUGGGAGUCCUAUGCAGUGUAUCAAAAGUAUGACGAGGAGAUGACAUUUCUUGAUAGAAUUAGUGCACAAAAGCUCCAUGAAACAGAAUCGUUGAGGUCAAUCCAAGUGGAGCCAAGAUCAAUAUCCCAAAGGAUAGUGCAUAAACUGGGUAAUAACAAGAAGAAGAAAAGCUCAGGGGAUGAUAUCUACAAGAAUAAGACUAACCCAUACAAUGAACUAGAGGUUGCAUAUGUGGCCCAAAUAUGUUUAACAUGGGAGGCGCUUAACUGGAACUACGAAACCUUCCGGCGGAAGACAAAGCAAAAGUCAAAAACAGAAUUACAAGACGACGACCAUGGUUGCCCUGCAAAUAUAGCACAACAAUUCCAGCAAUUUCAGGUACUUGUUCAAAGGUACAUUGAAAAUGAGCCUUACCAACGUGGUAAACGCCCUGAAAUUUACGCGCGAUUGAGAAGUGCCGCCCCUAAUUUGCUUCAAGUUCCUGAAUAUCAUGAUUAUGAAGGAGAAGAGAAGGAACUUGUUGGGGGAAGAAUAGCAUCAGCAUUAUUCCUUCAGAUACUUGAAGAUUCAAUUCAAACUUUUAUGAAUUUUCUGAAAGCAGAUAGGGAAAAUCAUUGCCAAGUUAUCACUGCUCUUUUUAAAUUACGUCCAAGAGGAUCAAUUGAUCCUACUGUUCUCAAUGUCUUCAAGAAAUGCAACAAAAAGAAGAAGUUGAAGCUAAAAGAAGUAGAACGAACACGAAAAUGCUUCAAGAAGAGGAGGUUAACAAGGGAGGAAGAAAUGGAGAUAUUGAUGAGUUUAAUAGACUUAAAAGUGGUGUCAAGGGUUUUAAGAAUGACUGAAAUAACACAAGAACAAUUGCAUUGGUGUGAACAAAAGAUGGCCAAACCAACAAUUUUGGAGGGCAAAUUACACAGAGAUUCUUCUCCUCUUUUCUUUCCUGCACAUUGACCCACUUUUAAAUAACAUACUUUUGCUUUGGUAAUGGUGACUAGAUUAUGCAUCUAUUUGUAUCACCAUGAAUAUCCGAUCCAUCCCUUUUUUUUCUCAUGAAAACAAUAAAUGAAUUAGAUAGAUAUUACCAAAGAGAAAAUAGUUAGAAAUAGAUAUCUUAUCAUAGAUCUUGCAUGUAACACCCAAUAAGCUAAGCUAAGUGCAUGGGGGAAUUUUCAUGAAUAUCCUCGAUCACUCAAAGUCUCAAACCCUUUUUGUAAAUUGUCCAACAAAUCAAAGGCAAAAUAUUCAUGUGGA